AUGGUUGGCACACGGAAGGCUGGCACAAUGAAGGACAAUGACGUGGAGGGCUGGCCCGGCUAUAGAAUCGACCAAAUUGUCCCCAAGGCGCGAGUUGCAGUGCCUGAAUAUAAGCCCAACGUCAUUCUGGUGAAUGCAGGAACGAACGACGCCGUCCAGAACAAAGACAUUCCCAACGCCGGUUCGCGGAUGGAGGGGAUGAUCAACAACCUCUUCGAAGACAGCCCAAAAGCAACAGUCAUCUUGUCCACGCUUAUCAUCAACCUCAACGCGAAUGCCGAGAAGAAUGUCAAGCUGAUAAACGUGCAAUACAAGGCCCUCGCCGAUCGCCUGCAGGGAGAGGGCAAGCACGUCGUGCUAGCAGACAUGCACGGCGCCGACGGCCCGCAGAAGGAGGAUAUGCACGAUGAUACACACCCGGAUGAUGAGGGUCAUGCUAAAAUGGCAGCCAUCUGGUACCGCGCACUUGAAGAGGCUAGUGAUAAUGGUUGGCUAGUCAAGGCAGAAGAUAUUGGUAUCCCCGACGACGGAGCAGCAUGA